AAUCGGACAAUUAUCUGACAUUUUGCGCGUUCACUGUGUCCGCGGUUGCGCGCAUUGAGGCGCGUUCAUACAGGGCAUUCAGUGUGUGAGCGAGACCGACUAUUCAUCAUAGCCCAUUCAAUUCUACAAAGACGCUGACCAAUUCAGAGCGACAGCCAUGGCCUCCGGUGUCACAGUCACAGAUGACGUUAUCGCGGUCUUCAAUGACAUGAAGGUGCGCAAGGCACAGGCGAACGAGGAGGACAAGAAGAAGAGGAAGAAGGCUGUCCUGUUCUGCAUAAGCCCCGACAAACAGAACAUCAUUCUGGAGGAGGGCAAGGAGAUCCUCUGCGGGGACGUCGGCACCACGGUCAAGGACCCCUACCUGGAGUUUGUAAAGAUGCUGCCCAGUGACGACUGUCGCUACGCCCUCUACGACGCCACUUAUGAAACCAAGGAGACCAAGAAAGAAGACCUGGUCUUUAUUUUCUGGGCCCCAGAAACUGCCUCCAUGAAGAGCAAGAUGAUCUACGCCAGCUCAAAAGAGGCCAUCAAGAAGAAGUUUUCAGGUAUCAAGCAUGAGUUGCAGGCAAACUUUCUGGAGGAGAUCAAGGAUCGGCGCACACUGGCUGAGAAGCUCGGAGGGUCCGCAGUAAUAACCCUAGAGGGAAGCCCACUAUAAAUCCUGGCUUCCACCGAGGGCACACGUCUGAUGGGUUUAGCUGUUCAUUCCAGUAUAGUUGGCGCAGGGGCAAAAGCAGAUCAGGGAUCAUCUUGGGAGGCGGGGGGGCUUUGGGGAGGGAUAGUUUGGGUGGGAGAGGGUUGAAGUGACAGUUUAAAAAACGACUAAAUAAAUCCACAAUGGCAGGCUGUCAUUCCAGUUCACACAACAUAAUGAAGAUGAACAAAAUAUGUGAGGAAAAAAAAAAGUAAUUCAAGUGAAGGAUGAUGACUUAAAAAUAUACACAUGGUUUAAAUGUUUGAAGGGACGAACAACUGUUAAAAGUCCAACUAUUAAUCCCUGAAAAUUAACUGUUCCAACUACCUUUUUUGCCAAACUUCUAGUUAAGUUUUACAUGUGUUUAGUUGAGGCUAGAUGUAGAACAAUCCAAUUUUAUCUUUUUUUAAUUGCACAAAAGUAUCAAACUCUUAUGGGGAACAGCUGAAUUCUAUAUAUAUAUUUUGUUUUCUUUUCGAACCAUGAAAAUUCCAAAAACACUUGAGUGAUUCCAUUUUUAUUUGCAAUUCCCAGUUUAAAAAUAGAAGGCAUUUCGUGUAGUAAACAAGACCCAUUCCAUUUACUUGUUCAACUGAGUGGUUCGAAAGUCUCAGUGGUGUUCUGACGGUCAGAUGGGAAGCGACAGAUAUGAAGGGCAUGUGUUCAGAUUGAAUAUUGAAGGAUGUUUUGUAUCGUCUCCUUAUCUCUAAUUAAAAAAAAAGCACUAAACAAA